AUGUUCAACGAGCCAGCAACUAUCAGCCCGUGCGAACUCAGAGCCUACACUUCAAAACUAGGAAAAGUUAUCGGCGGUCCAUCACAAGAAAAAACAUCGAAACAAAGUCAAACAAUUGUCAGUCAACUCCUAAUUAAUUCACAUUGCUCUCUACCACAGAUCACCUCACAGCCAUCGAAAUUUUUCAACAGCAUCCAACCAGACCAGUCGGAAAGCAGGGAGACAGGAAAUUCCAGUCUCCUUCCACUACCAGAAAAUUCUGAACAGAUCUGCUUUUUCGACACGACAAAAGAAAACAAAAGGUUUGAAAGGGAGAAGUUGAAUUUUGAUCUCUCGUUAUUUUGGCGUCUAGAGAAUUUCGCAAAUUUGAACGACUGUGUUGCUGUGGAGAAGGACGAUCAAUUCCGCUCCUUCUGCGACGAAAUCACGCGAUUCGAAGACGGCAGGUAUUGCUCGCCAAUUCUAUGGAAGACUGACAGAUGGAGACUGGAAAUCAACCACCAUAUGGUAGCUUCAACAUUGAGACGCAUGCUGUUCAAACUACGCAAAUCUCCAGUCGACUUGAAUAACUACACCAAAGAAAUCAACCAACUAAUAGCUAACGGAUUUGUAGAAGAGGCUGAUUUCAAUUACGAAGGCCUCCACACUUAUCUACCGCAUCAUCCAGUCUACCGGACAGACAAGGCCACCACAAAAAUUCGACCAGUUUUUGACGGCGCCGCAAGAUCCAAAUAUGGGCCGAGCCUCAACGAUAUUUUGGAGACCGGACCAAACCUCAAUCCUGAUCUCCUCUCGGUCUUAAUGCGCUUCCGGAUGAACCGGAUCGCCUGGAUCAAAUGA